AUGAAGCGCAUGUUUGGUGUCAAAAAGGAGAUAAACAAGCGCGGAGAUGUACUCGAUGAGAAGAUUCGAAAGCUGGAGGCAGAGCUGGUCAAGUACAGGGACCAGAUAAAGAGGACACGGCCAGGGCCACCACAGGAGGCAAUCAAGGCGAGAGCAAUGAGAGUUUUAAAACAGAAGAAGAUGUUGGAGGGACAGCGAGACAAUCUAUACAACCAGACAUUCAAUCUUGAGCAAGUCUCCUUUGCGCAUUCAGGUCUAAAAGAUGCUCAGCAAACGAUGGCGGCCAUGAAGACUGCGAACAAGGAGCUGAAGCAGACAUACAAGACCAUGAAAAUUGAGGACGUCGAGUCAUUGCAAGACGACAUGAUGGAUCUUAUGGACUACAGCACCGAAAUUCAAGACGCCAUGGGACGAAGCUACGGCGUUCCGGACGACAUUGAUGAGGGCGACCUAAUGGGAGAGCUGGACGCUUUAGAGAUGGACAUGGGGGAGGAGGCUGGUGAGUCCGUGCCUUCGUACCUCGCCCCAGAAAGAGAACCAGAUGCUUUGUCGGAAGGAGGGGGGGAUCCGUUUGCAAGCCUGCCUGCCGCGCCAACCGGCCGACCCGCGCAGCCGACAACAGAACGGCCACAGGUUGACGAGUUCGGGUUCCCUAAUGCACCGACUGAGGGCGUGAGAACAUAAACCGAGAUGGCCUGGGUGUGCCCUUGGGCACGAAAGAUGUCAACCUCCAUUCCUUCAUCUAGAGACGGACCCUCACUUGUACAGAGUUCUGGUUGAACAACCUAACAGUGUUAAUUGGUUGCAACAUGGCAUCAUUUCAGUGCGGCCCGUUCAAAACAUAGGCUGCAUAUCUGCGUCUUGGUCUGGCAGCUUGGCACAUCAACUCGCUAGCACACUGAGAGCUCCCCGCAAUGUGGAGUGCAUGAGCGUAUCUGGCUUGGAAGUCGGUAGAUUGAGUGUACGAUCAUGCGGCACAUCAUAGGCAGUACCGUCACUCCGACUACAGCUGUAAUUCACGCUUGAGAUUGCCUGGCGGCAGUGCCAUAGGUAUAUGAUGCAGCUUGGAGUACGUUGUGGAUGCAGUGAACUGAAUUGUCAUGAAAAAUAUUCUGGGUUUUCC